CAGAAUGCAGUGGGGAAUCCAAUACGACCCAAUGAACUACAUCAUUGAGGGGCUUUACCUGGGCAACAUCAGUGCAGCAAGCGACCUUAAAUACCUCCAGAAGCAUGGCAUAACACAUAUUGUUAGAGUUAUCAAAGGUGACUUUGGCAAGGUAUUCAUGGACAAUUAUGGAUCAAAAUCAGCUAUAAAAUAUAAGAUAAUCCAAGUUAAUGACCUUCCCAGUGAGAACAUUCAGAAAUAUUUCGAAUCAGCUUAUGAGUUUAUUGAUACAGCUUUGCAGAGCAACAAAGGAACAACUAUAAAUAAAGUCUUAGUGCACUGCCAAGUUGGAAUGAGCCGAUCUGCCACUAUUGUGAUCAGUUACUUAAUGAGAAAAUUUCCUGAUAUGACUCUUACUAAGGCGUUCAGGUUUGUUAAGUCGAAAAGACCUAUUGUCAAUCCUAAUGAGGGGUUCAUAAGACAGUUAAAAGCAUACCAAAGCAGUCUAGAGAAUCUUAGAUUUAAGGAAACCAUGAGUAAGAGAAUAGUUGCAGGUCUGUCAAACGUUCGCUCGAGUCCUUACUAUGAUAGCAAAUCUAAGAUCGCAGAGAAGCCACCAACUUUUGCUCCUCCGAAGUCCUCAAACUAUCAUUAUAGGAAGGAAGCAGAUUCAAAUCCUUAUUCAAGGAGUAGAGGACUAUUUAGCAAUGCUACAUAUGCUGGCAACAAGAAUGAGGAGAAAUAAGAUUCUUGAUUUAUCUAAAUUCAAGAGAGAGCCUGCUUUAAAAACCUAGAAAAUAUGCAGGAGUUAAUUUUCUAAACCAGCAUCUUGACUUACACAGAAAAAGUAUUUUUCAGGAGAAUGGUAAAGGCAUGAUGUCAAAUAAGGAUAAAUUCUUAUCUAAUUAUCAGAAGCCACAGUAUAUGUCUCCUCAAAGAGACUACAGUAAGGUUGGAAAGCUGCUGAAUAACUUUAAUAUACCUUCUUCUAGUUUUAAACAGCAUGAUUAUAAACAAUGGAGUACACCAUAUACCAGCAUUCCAAAGCAGCCAGGACCUCUCAAGCUGAACUAUUUCUCCAGCACCGGUUCUGCUAUCGACCUGAAAUCUUCCAAGUUCG